AUGGGAGGGGGGACGAGGGCAGGGCUUAGGAGUGCGCGCUCCGGUAUGAUUGGCUGGAGGCGUAUGGGCGUGGCCAAGAUGGGGCGCGCUUACGGCUCAUUGGCUGGGAGCGCGAGUGCUGGUCGAGGGGCGCGCGCGGCGGUGGCGGCCAUGGAGGGGACCAGCGCCUGCUUCCGGAAGGAGCUGGUGAGCAAGCUGCUGCACCUGCACUUCAAGGACGACAAGACCAAAGUCAGCGGGGACGCACUGCUGCUCAUAGCCCAGCUGCUCAAGGUCUUCGUCGUAGAGGCCACCGUCCGCAGCAUCAGGCAGGCCCAGGCAGAGGACCUGCCAUGUGUGGACGUGGAGCAGCUGGAGAAGGUGCUGCCGCAGCUGCUUCUGGACUUCUAG